AUGCAGUCUCCGUUCCACUACUCCUCCUAUGCGUCUUCCCCGGGCGAGAUGGAUUUCUACUAUGGACCCACUCAGCCGAUCUAUGACCAACCCUUUGGCGAUCUCGACACCACCACGUCCUUUGCCAUUCCCGAGUUCAUGAACGGCACUCCCAAUUCCUUCACCAGCGCACCCUACACGUUCUCUUCUGGAUUUGAGAUCGCUCCUGGUUAUGAGACUCCGAUGGCCACCAGUGGCCCCGGUUCAGACAGCAGCGCUUGCGGUAGUGUCUACGGUGGCUCCAACUGGAACCCCACUGCCGAGGAGCUGCUGCCUAUGCCUAGCUACCCUCUGCUCUCCGAUGACUCGGGUCCCGAUUCUCCACCUUCGCAGAACAAGCCUACCAAGCCCUUUGGUUGCGACCACUGCGGCAAAUCCUUCACUCGCUUCGCAGACCUCAAGCGACACUCCACCAGUGUGCACUACCCUGUCUUCCGGGACUGCCCUGUUGAGCACUGCUCCCGCAAGGGCAGCAAUGGCUUUCCCCGCCAGGACCAUCUGAAGGAGCACUUGCGCUCGUACCACCACCUGGAUGUUCCCAAGCGCCGAGCUGUGAAGCGCUCAGCCAAGACGGCGGAGCUAUAG